AUGUCGCAUGAUAAGCAUACCGUCGGUAGUAUUAUUCAAAAGCUGAAAGUUUACGAUGUAGAACAGACCGUAGAAUCUUUGUUAGAUCAGGAAGAGUUUACAAGAUUUCUCUGCAAUAUUCUCACAUCUUUACCCACAAAAUACAAAAGGGCUGCGCAUGAAAUGUUACGUAAGACCAACAACACCAGAAAGAGGGCUAAAUGUCCAGCGCUGGCACUCGUCAUUACCCACAACUUUUCUCUACCGCCUAGUGUACAAGAUCACUAUCAAAUAUGGAAGGAGAAUCCCUACCGUUUUUGGCAGCCCUUUGAGAUUUCGAAUGCCAAUCGGUCAGCUGAAGAUAUCGCUAUUGAGUCAUACCUUGUAGUUCGCAAUUCGCGCCUGCGACAGGCGCAAGACAUCAUCUUUCGAAGGUUCCACGUUAGCUUCUUGUACCAGCUAGCAUCGUUGUUUAGUCAUGGGCAGAAAGUAAUGUCAUAUAAAUUGCAUAGCAUUCUACAUCAACGGCUGAUCACAGCAUUCACAAGAUGCGACAAAAUCACUGAUGAGGUGGACGUCAUCAAAGCGAAUCUACAAAUUUGGGUCACUGCUGGAUCGAGAUACGAUAAAAUAUGUAAGGCUCUUGAUAAAGGCGCCCUAUUCUUGAUCCCACAGAUACCAGACGAUAUGUGGGAGAAUCCAAACUCUCUAAAAGGUGUAGAGUUCGAUGAAGCAAUCGCCCAUUUGAAGAACGAAGGCAUCAUGGAGCUAUCAAACCAGCUUGAGGCAGACUUUGUAGCCAACCAAAUUCUAAAUGCCGCGCUUGGCCCUUUUAAAUGGGAUGUCGUUGAUUCAAGAACUGUCACUGCCAACCUAUCAACCGAGCCAAGGACUGCUCCUGUUGAUCCAUACGCCGGGCCAAGAAUUAUUAAAGCAGAUCCAGACAUCGCAACACAAGCUAUCAUUGCCGGUCCAUCUAUCGCAGCACAUCCUCUUGACACCAGACCCAUUUCAAUCUCUUCGCUAUUAAAUCCACCAGCAGCGGCACCGGAGUCUGAUAGUACAUUGAGAGACAUAGAUUAUUAUUUGGAGCCGCGCAGGUCUAGGGAGAAACGACAACGUAUCAACUGA